GGCCAGUGGGGACUGACCCAUCCCAGUGUGUCCCUGGCUGUCCCUGAGCAGCAGGAGGUGCAGGCAGGGGGUGUCCAUCAUGGGGACACCCAGUGCUCCAUGCCAGGACACAGCCCGGCCACACUCCGGGCAGAAUGGUAGGGGAAGGGCAGGAGAAGCUGUUGGGAGCCCUGUGUCACUGAGCAGCGUUUGGAGGUGUCACGGUCACCGUGACAACCGGCCAGCACAGCAGAGGCGGGGCCAUGGAGGAGCACGGCCAAGCACGGCCCGGUGUCACCAUCUUCCCACCACCCCAGAGCCGGCAGAGCGGCACGCCCCGAGCAGCCCUGCAGAUUGGGACCGUGACUUGGACUAUCCCCUGCCCACCUCCAGCGGCCUCAGCAGUGCCCAGGAGCUGCAGCUCCUGGAGGAGAAGAUAAAAAGCUUUGAUGCGGCCAAAAAGAAAAUCCGUCGUGUGCACAAACAAUUACAGCAGCAGUUUUUGAAAGAGCAGGAGAGAAAGACGAUGUUGAGAAAGAAGAAGGCCGAACAGUUUGAAAAGACCCUGGAAGCGUUCGAUCGCAGGAAUGCCAAGGUGCUCGGUCCCAGCGCUCCCCUGCCCGCGGACCAGGCGGAGCCCGAGGAACCGGCAGCAGAUGCUGACAGAAAAAACAACCAAGAGGCGCGUCCAGAGAGCUCCUCCUGCUGUCCGAGCCCGGCUCCGGCCACGGCUUAACACACACUGAGACUGCAGGAGUCAGCGCUGCUUUUCCAGCAAUAAACCAGGGCAAGAAACCC